CAAAAGUGACCGUGAACCAUAACUUUUUUCGAUGUUGUCCGGUGUGUUGCUGGAUUUUAUUGUUUUUCGGAAUGUUUUCGUUUGAAUUAAAAUAAUUUUAUUCAUUUUUCAAAGUGUAGGUGUGGUUUUGAAAGAACUUCCUAUAUCAUUUAUCCCACAAUGGCCUUGACUGAACAAGGCUAAAGACUUAAGAUGUCUAGGUUAUCGCAGUUUUACACCGUUGAGGUGGGCGACACCAAAUUCACCAUUUUGAAGAGAUACCAAAACUUGAAACCAAUUGGUUCUGGAGCUCAAGGAAUUGUUUGCGCUGCUGUAGAUACAGCUACACAACAAAAUGUUGCUAUCAAGAAACUCAGCCGGCCAUUUCAGAAUGUUACUCACGCCAAAAGAGCGUAUAGAGAGUUUAAACUCAUGAAACUAGUUAACCACAAAAAUAUAAUUGGUCUUCUAAACGCCUUUACGCCACAAAGGACACUCGAAGAGUUCCAAGAUGUUUAUUUAGUAAUGGAAUUAAUGGACGCCAAUCUCUGUCAAGUCAUACAGAUGGAUUUAGAUCACGAGAGAAUGAGCUAUCUGCUUUAUCAGAUGUUGUGCGGCAUUAAACACUUACAUUCUGCUGGAAUAAUACACAGGGACUUGAAACCCAGCAACAUAGUAGUGAAGUCCGACUGCACCCUAAAAAUUCUUGACUUCGGUCUGGCCAGAACAGCAGGCACUACUUUUAUGAUGACUCCAUAUGUAGUAACCAGAUACUACAGAGCCCCAGAGGUCAUAUUAGGUAUGGGUUAUACUGAAAAUGUGGAUAUCUGGAGUGUAGGAUGCAUUAUGGGGGAAAUGAUACGUGGAGGUGUACUUUUCCCUGGGACAGAUCAUAUAGAUCAAUGGAAUAAGAUUAUAGAGCAACUCGGAACGCCGUCUCAACAGUUCAUGGUCCGGCUUCAGCCGACUGUGCGGAAUUACGUGGAAAACAGACCACGAUAUCCAGGUUUCAACUUCGACAAGCUGUUUCCUGACGUGCUUUUUCCCUCUGACAGCAGCGAGCACAAUAAGUUGAAGGCUUGUCAGGCUAGGGAUUUGCUGUCCAAAAUGUUGGUGAUCGAUCCUCAAACAAGGAUAUCCGUGGACGACGCUUUGUUACAUCCUUAUAUAAACGUUUGGUAUGAUGAGCAAGAGGUUAAUGCGCCAGCUCCUGGACCGUAUGACCACAGCGUAGACGAGAGAGAGCACACUGUGGAACAAUGGAAAGAACUGAUCUAUCAAGAAGUGAUGGAAUACGAAACUUCUCAUGGAAGAGGAGGAUCUUCUAGUUCUCAACUAAGCCCCGCUUGCAAUAGUGAACCUAAUGGUAUUCUUCAAGAAUUUUCAUUAGACUCAAGGAAAAAUCGAUAUAGCCGGUCCACGUGAAAAAAUCCUAUGUUGCCAGUUACCAGAUAUGCCAGUUUAUAACUAUUAACGCCGUUUGACGUCAAGAUCAG